UAAGUUAGAAAAUAAAUUGACAAACUGAUGUAUUUUCAUAUUUAUUUGAGUAACUACAAGUGGGCGAGUAUUAUCUAAACAGCAUCAUUUAUAAAACGCCUUGAUUCCAGUAAGUACCUCUGCCAGAAGCAUGCGGUUAUGACGUGCUAAUAUUGGAAGUUUGAUUUCAUUGUUUGCAUGUUUCACUCGUACAGCAGGUGGUUUUGGUCACUUUAUGACAUGGUGAAUUUAGCAAUGGAUGUACAAGAUCUUGAAGGAUAAUCGCUUAUUCAUAAUAUUACGACUUCUGGUCAUCAUUUUGUAGCCGUUUUGUUUUAUGUAUACUCUUGGUAUCGCCAUAAGACCUAGUUUAUUGAAAGUUGUACAGUUAUUGAGAGUUAAAAAGAAGAUAAGUAAUGCGAAUAGUCAGCACCCUAUUGUGUUUGUACGUAAGUUAACUUAUGUAUUUACUUCUAAAUUAUAAACAGAUUCUGAUAUUUUAGUUCGAGAUACAAUUCUUAACACAUUUGUUAUGAUGUCGAAUACCGAUGUAAUCAACGGGAAUCUGUCUCGAGAAUGAAAGAAUCCGGGCAUUAGUUGAGUGGUUCCCAAAAUAAUUGCGUGGGCUUGUCGCGACACAUGUGAUGGUCAUUGGUUGCGCUAUCAAAACCAUGCAUUAGUACCUACAUAUGCAUAGGACAGAUAAAAAAAAAUUGAACAAAAAAAAUGUUUGGUAAAAUUAACACAAUAGAUACGUUUGUAGAAACUAUCUCUUUGGUAGAAUGGUUUGUCUGGGAUAUCGGUUUGGAGAAUGACGAAAUCUGAGAAGCAAUAAUUUAGAUUAUUUCUCGUGUUAUUAUACUAUCCAUCGGCGGGGACGACAAGAGCGGGAGUUGGGUAACUUUCAGUUUUCAGUGGAGCGUGAGCACGCGCAAUGAUACGCUCAUUCGCGCCUCGUCCGCGGGACACGGAAACACACGUUCGCAAACCAGAGAUAAGAAGGAAAAAGGUUUUCCGCGAAGGGAGUGCACGAUGGUGUGGUGCUAUGAGCCAGGUGGCCGAGGACACGGACGACGACGUCGAUGCACCCUACAUCUCCAGCGACGAGUCCGCACAUGGUGUGGAUCUCGCGGAACGGCUUCGAGUCAAACCAUCACCAGAUAUUUGGGAACUAGAUGAAAUUGAAUACAACUUGCGACAUCUCCCUCUAGCUGAAGAAAUAUCUGCUACUGUAGCGACAGGACACUACGACGAGGCAAUAGAAAUAGCAGCUAAUGUAGAAGAUGGAAUUGUAACUGCUGGCUUAUGGGCGUGUUGGCACGGCAGGAGCUCGCUGCUGUCAAAGUUGUUGAAGUUGGGUUUGGAUCCAAACAGAACCGAUGAAGCUGGGAGGUCAUGUCUGCAUUUAAGCUGUUUGGUAGGCAGCGAAGAAUGUGCCAAACUGUUACUGGAGCACGGAGCAAACCCAAACAUGUGGGACUCGUCGACAGACAGAAAAGCCACACCACUACAUUGCGCCGCAAGCGCGAAGAGUUUGGCGUGCGUCAAGGUGCUAAUUGCUCACGGAGCGGACGUGAAUGCAGGUCUCAACGACCGGUCUCCCUUACAUUACGCGGUGCUCAGCGACGCGCCGGUAGUUGUGAAGGCGUUACUGGAAGCAGGCGCUUGUCCUGACACACCACAGGUCUUCACUGAAACUCCCUUGCAUGUGGCGGCUUCUCUCGGGUCGGCAAUAUGCACUAAGUUAUUAUUGGAUGCCGGUGCCGACGUCCGAGCAGCUUUGGGUACUGGUCGGGCGACCGCCUUACAUCUUGCAGCAGAGGAUGGCCAUGCAGAGUGCGCACGGUUACUUCUUGAGCAUGGAUCGAGGAUUGAUUUACCAAACGUUAGAGGACAGACCCCGCUACAUUUAGCUGCAUUAGCACAAUCUCUGGAAGUGGUUGAGCUGUUAGUAUGCAAGCGCGCGGAUGUUCGUGCACGUGACAGCGACGGUCGCACGCCACUGCACGGAGCUAUUGUGAGAGGAGCUCGAGCCUGCGACGUAGCCCGGACGCUGCUGUCUGCAGGAGCCGACCCGAAUGCAUCAGACAACUUCGGAUACACACCGUUACAUAUAGCCGCCUUAAAUGAAUUUUCCGCCUGCGUGUUGUUGUUACUAGAUUAUGGUGGCGACGUGACUCUGCGUACAAACGGUGGGGUGUCGGCGCUUUCGUUCAUAGUACGUCGCGUGCCUGAUGUGAUCCCUCGAUACUUGGGCAAAUUCGACGAUGCUGUUCAUGUCAGCGAGCAUGAGAUAGGGGAUGUUGACUGCGAACUGGUUAUAGACUUCAGACCAUUAGUUCCGUGCCUGAGUAGAGGUGAAGCUGAGCUCUUACUCGCUUUCAUUGAGGUUGGCCGUAAAGACGUAUUGAAACAUCCAGUUGCAGAAACGUUUCUGUUCUUGAAAUGGCGCCGAAUAAGGAAGUUUUUCGUAAUGAGUUUCAUCUAUCAUGCGCUGUUUAUUACUCUGUACAGUCUCUACAUUCUUCAGAUCUUUCUAUGUGAGUCCAGAACUUGCCACGUACCAACAUAUCUUCGACCAGUCCAAUACCUCAUAAUACUACUGAAUCUAUGUUUCUUAUCGAAAGAGGUAUUUCAGUCGUGUUUAGAUUGGUCAGCGUACAUCAGACAAUGGGAAAACUGGUUGCAAUGCCUGAUAAUAAUCGGCGUAUUUUUAUGUACGAUACCAAGUUGGGAUAACGGUGAAAUAAGAACAAAUACGUCAAGUUGGCAGCACGACAUAGCAGCUAUCACGAUAUUCUUCUGUUGGCUAGAGCUCAUGAUGAUCAUCGGUCGGUUUCCAACGUUCGGGUUAUAUGUCCAAAUGUUUACUACAGUGACAGUGAACUUCGCAACAUUUUUAUUAGCAUACAGUUGCUUGCUCAUAGCCUUUGGGCUUGCAUUCAGCGUGCUGUUUAGCAACUAUGCUGCGUUCAAACUACCAGCCAGUUUGGUGAAGACAGUGAUGAUGAUGUCGGGCGAGUUGGAGUACGAGGACAUAUUCUACAGUAACAGUACCACGGAGUCAGAUUAUCCUGUCACCGCACAUGGAAUGUUCCUCAUAUUUGUUUUGCUUGUCACUGUUAUAUUGACCAAUCUGUUGGUUGGAUUGGCUGUUAGCGAUAUUCAGGCCCUACAAGAGAGUGCUGGAUUGGACCGACUAGUCCGUCAGACACAGUUAGUUGCGCACUUGGAGAGUAUGCUGUUCAGCUCACUACUGACUUGUGCGCCCAAGCAGUUGUUAGGCGUGUUACGCUGGGGGGCGCUACUAACUGCGUCGCAUACACGCACGCUUACUAUAAGACCCAACGACCCGAGGGAAAACAGGAUUCCGAAAGACCUAAUAACAUCAGUAUAUAAAAUGGUGGCCAGCCGGAAGAUUACACAAAAAAGUAUCAAACACAACAAUAACUAUGUUUUUAGACUAAAACGAAGCAAAGAUGAAGAGGAAAUGAUUAAACAGAGUCAAGUAAAGAGAAGAAGUAAUUUGUUUGACAGAUAUUCAGUAGAGAGUCAACAAGUUGAGAGGAGAAAGAAAACAAAUUCUGCAAGUAAUGCAGACAGAGUCAGGCCAACAUCUCUUAAUAUAAACGCGAUACAAGAAAUAUGUAUGGUCGAUAUUAAAACCCAGUUACUAGAACUCACUAAGCAAGUAAAUAAACUAAUAGAGACAACAGAAGCAAAAUUAAGUCGGAUUGAGAACAAACUUAAUCAGCCACCCUAAAUAGAUUUGGUAUCUGAGCUCGAGCAGUUAUUGUUAACAAUACAUUAUUUGUUAAUGUGUUCUAUAGUCUAGUUAUCUUAAUACAAGUACUGGUGUAGGUGUAUAUUAUGUAUUUAUUAUAUUAUGUACUUAAUAUAAUUCACCUUUAUAAUUUUAUUAUAAGUACCACUUUACUUAAUUAUAAGAAAGUCUACAUUUGUUAUUCAACCUUUGCAGAUAU